CUGUCCCGUGGCAACGGCAGGGCUGCGGCGGGCGGGGGGCACGGGCCAUGGAGGACCACAGCCUGGACGAGUUCCGCCGGCGCUGGCAGGAGGAGCUGGCGCAGGCCCAAGCGCAGAGGAAGCGGCGGCGGCCCGAGGUUGCCGAGUGGCGGCCCCCGCGGCCCGAGGUGGCCCCUGGGCACGGGGAGCAGGCCUCGGGGUACCUGGCGCUGGCCCAGGGCCUUCUGGAGGGCGCGGGGCGGCCCCCAGCGGCGCGGGCGACCCGGGCCGAGAGGCAGGACGCGGCCAGCCGUUCCCGCUCCCCUCCAGCCCGCGAGGGCGCCGGGGGCGGGGAGCAGCUGGUGGACCAGCUCAUCCGCGACCUGAAUGAAAUGGAAGAUGUGCCCUUCUUUGAUAUCCAGCUGCCGUAUGAAUUGGCAAUCAAUAUAUUUCAGUACUUGGACAGGAGAGACCUGGGGAGGUGUGCGCAGGUGAGCAAGACGUGGAAGGUGAUUGCCGAAGAUGAAGUGCUGUGGUACAGGCUCUGCCAGCAGGAAGGGCACCUUCCAGAGAGCAGCAUCUCGGAUUAUUCUUGCUGGAAGCUCAUCUUUCAGGAGUGCCGCGCCAGGGAACACAUGUUAAGAACCAACUGGAAGAACCGCAAGGGUGCCGUGAGUGAGCUGGAGCAUGUUCCUGACGCAGUUUUAUGUGACGUGCACUCUCACGAUGGCGUUGUCAUUGCUGGAUACACAUCAGGGGACGUGCGGGUGUGGGACACCCGCACCUGGGACUACAUGGCCCCCUUCCUGGACUCCGAGUAUGAGGAGGACGAGCCUGGAAUGCAGCCAUAUGUCUCCUUUGUGAGGAUCAACAGCUCGCUGGCGGUGGCGGCGUAUGAGGAUGGAUUUGUCAACAUUUGGGACCUAAGGACUGGGAAGUACCCCAUUCACCGCUUCGAGCAUGACGCGAGAGUGCAGGCGCUGGCCCUCAGCCCCGGAGACGCGACGGUCGCCACCGCCUCUGCUUUUGAUGUUGUCAUGUUGCGGCCCAAUGAGGAGGGAUAUUGGCAAAUAGCUGCAGAAUUUGAAGUUCAGAAACUGGUUGACUACCUUGAAGUAGUUCCCAACACGGGAAGGUACCCUGUGGCAGUAGCCGCCGCUGGAGAUCUGGUAUACCUGCUGAAGGCCGACGACUCCGCCAGGACCCUCCAUUAUGUCUACGGCCAGCCCGUCACCUGCCUAGACGUCUCGGCCACCCAGGCUGCCUUUGGAGUGAAGAGUCUGGGAUGGGUGCACGAAGGAAACAAGAUCCUGGUCUGCAGCCUGGAAGCGGAACGCUGCCUCUCGAAGCUGGGCAACGCGCUUGGCGACUUCACGUGCGUCAACCUCAGGGACAGCCCCCCCAACCUCGUGGUCAGCGGCAACAUGGACAGGAGGGUGAGGAUCCAUGACCUCCGCACCAACAAAAUCGCCCUGUCGCUGUCUGCCCACCAACUCGGAGUCUCUGCGGUCCAGAUGGACGACUGGAAAAUCGUCAGCGGCGGCGAGGAGGGCCUGGUCUCGGUGUGGGACUAUCGGAUGAACCAGAAGCUGUGGGAGGUGCAUUCUCGGCACCCCGUUCGCCACAUCUCCUUCAACAGCCACAGCCUCAUCACGGCCAACGUGCCCUGCGAGAGGGUGGUGCGCAGCGCCGACCCGGACAACUUCGCCACACACAGGAGGCACCGGGGGCUGAUCCAUGCCUACGAGUUCGCGGUGGACCAGCUGGCCUUGCAGAGCACACUGCCCAUCUGCCGCCCGCCGUGUGACACCAUGGUGGGUCACAACUAUGACCUCGUGCUGGCCUUUCCCUAUGACAGUGUUUAGGGAACAAGGAGAAAAGGAGAACCAAUUUUACGAAUUUGCAGACAACAGAGGAGUUGUGCUCCAGGUUUCAAAGGUUCAGGGGAGCAGAGGAGUGCACCUGUGUGACACCCACAUUCCUGAGCUGCCUUCGCUUUCCUCCUGUCUCCAUUUCCCUCCACGGCCUGUGAGCAGACCGAGGGUGUCGAGGCUUGUUUCUGCUUCCUCUGUGCCCUCUCUCAUGACUUUGAGAACCACUCCCCCACUUCCUCUCUGCCCUGCCUCUGCUCUGCGCGGCCUCAGGGCGAGCCCCGGCCGAGCUCCCAUGCUCCUGCAGCCACUGCAGGGCAGGGCCUGGCUGCAGCUCCAGCCAAGGCCAGGGAGUCUCACUGCCAACAAGGCCCUUCCGGGCCCUGGCUCCUGCCGGCGGCCACCUCUCCAGCCUCCAGCCCCUUCCUGCCGACCCUUUGGGUGCACUGGCCUCCGAGCCCGCGAGGCCUCGGCACCCAGCAGGCGCUUGGGUGGGCGACUGACGCCACUGCCACCCCCACCCGGUGUAAGCCUGGGGUUAGCAGUGCUGCUCUGCGGGGCUUUUACCACAGUCAGUAAUUACAAAUUUGUACCAUCAUUUCAUUAGUGACUGUUCUGCUUACUGUUGCGUCUGCCACGUGUGGUACGAAGCAGGUGCUUCCUACAUAAACAUUCACCACGCAGCCCUCCUCCAAGCGCGGUGGAAGGGGCCUCUGCGGUGGGGCCCGGGUGAGGCGGGAGAGGGCCGCCGGGGCACCGCCUGCCAGGUCGCCGAGCUGGGCCCACACGGGAGGGCUGUUCAGUGCGACAGCAGCCGUUUCCCAAGGGCUGAGGGGCAAAAGCCAGUGCGCUGCUCUCGCUUCACGCUGUUCACAGCCGCUGCCGCCUAAUGUGCCUUCCCAAUACCAAAGCGAGACACAGCCACAAAGGAGCACAAGCCACGCUCCUGGUGGUUGAGCAACAGGCCACAGCAGUAAACACACUCAUUAGGAUCUACUCAGUAGAGUUUGCAAGUUGAUACAACUGACAUACAUGGAAUUUUGAUGCCUUUUCAAGUACCUGUAGACCAUGCACAGAAGGUGGCCCUGUAGGAAGACCACCAAGGAAAUCUCUGUGCACGAGCCUGGUACCAUGCAGGCCCUAGUCAGUACUCACAGCCCUAACACAGCGAAUUGGAAACCAGCAGAAAGCUAAGUAAUAAAAACACACACCUGCAAAUUCCCAACACCCCAGAAUUAACUUGGUUUUAAAGAAGGACAUCAAAAUGGAAAACUAUGAACGCUCUAAA